CACGCGCAUAAGAAGAGAGACAUGUCAACAUAAUAACGAAGCAUCUUUCAUUCUCACAAACACAGAAUCAGAAGCAAAGGGAGGGAAAACAUUGAUUUUUGUUUUAUUUUGUUUUGUUUGGUUAUGUUUUCUUCUUCGGAGUGGAUUUGUGGAAUCGGAAGGACGAAACGAGCGAGGAUCGAAGCGAGGGGCAUUUGAGUAAUUUCAGCUCCCUCUCCUCCUCCUCCUCCAUGAUCUCAUCGAUUUACUUGAACAGCAACAACGACAGUCCCUUCAUCUCCGGUGGCAGUGGCGGCGGUGGCGGCAGCGGCAGGGGCAGGUUAUCGUUAAUCAUGGCUGCGGUGGCCGCGCCCUCCACUCCGGCGGUGGUGUUCACGGCCUUGGCUGGCCUCGCUCUCGUCGCUGUCAUCUUCUACGGUGCUAGUAGGUAAAACCGAAGAAACCCUCAAAUGAACCAAAAAGGGGAAAAAAUUUAGGGAUUGAGAGAGAGAGAGAGCGCGCAUCGCGAAACCCUAGCUAGCUCACUCACUCUUUCUCAGACAUAGAUGAUGUUUUCGAUUCCAAUUUUGUUAAUCUAAAAAAAAGGUGUAAAUUGGAAGACAAUUUUUAUAGAUGAAUCCUCUUAGACGAAGUAACAAUUCGAAUUCUUCGUCUUCGAAUUCCUCCCCUUCUUCAUCGUCGUCGUCAUCGUCUUCAUCGUGGAUCCAUUUGCGUUCGGUUCUAUUCGUUGUCAGUUCUUCCUCACCAGCGUCUUGUUCCACCUCUGAUCGAGGUCGUCUUAAAUCACCAUGGUCACGUAGGAGAAGAAAACAUGCCCUUUCACCUCAGCAGUGGAAGAGCUUGUUUACACUGGACGGAAAACUCCGUGAUGGUGGAAUUAAGUUCCUGAAAAGAGUUCGCAGUGGAGGUGUUGAUACUAGUAUCAGGGCUGAAGUUUGGCCAUUCCUACUUGGAGUUUAUGACUUGGACAGUACCAAAGAAGAGAGAGAUAUCAUAAGAACUCGAAAUAGAAAGGAAUAUGAGAAACUCCGCAGGCGAUGCCGCCAACUUCUAAAGCAAUGCAAUGAGAGCUUUAAGUUAAACGAAAUUGGUGAAAUAAGCUAUGAAGGAGAUGGUGAGAGUCUUAUUCAAGCUUCUGGUUCUCCUAGUUCUGAAGAUGCAACGAGUGCUAGGCAAUCCCUUUCCAGUGAGGAAAGGAGCCCGGAUGUUGAAUAUUCAGAUGAUCCGUCUAGUGCCCUGUUGGAAGGGAAUGAUGUCAACAAUGUUGAUGCAGCAUCGGAUACUGAUUCUACUGAUUCAGAUUCCUCUGAUGGUCCUGAGGUAAUUCAGACUUCUCCUUCUAAUGAAUUUCAGGAGGAUAACACUUCCAAGACAGCUUCUACAGAAAUUUCUUCAUCCCAAAUGAAUGGCCCAUCAAGACUACCAAACAAUGAAGAUUUUGCCACUUGGCAACGGAUCAUCCGACUAGAUGCAGUACGUGCCAAUGCAGAAUGGAUACCAUUUUCACCUUGUCAAGCUGUUAUACCAGAGAGCAGGGCAAUCCGAUCUGCUGAGGCUGUUGGAUUGAAGGAAUAUGGGCACUUAGAACCCAAUAGAAUUUUCCAUGCUGCCCGAUUGGUUGCUAUUCUUGAAGCAUAUGCAUUAUACGAUCCAGAAAUUGGCUACUGCCAGGGUAUGAGCGAUCUGCUGUCUCCAAUAGUUAGUGUUAUAUCAGAAGAUCACGAGGCCUUCUGGUGCUUUGUUGGAUUCAUGAAGAAGGCACGCCAGAACUUUAGGCUUGAUGAGGUGGGUAUCAGGAGGCAACUUGAUAUAGUAGCAAAGAUAAUCAAGUUCAAGGAUUCUCACUUGUUCAGACAUCUGGAGAAGCUUCAGGCCGAUGAUUGCUUUUUUGUGUACAGGAUGGUGGUUGUGUUGUUUAGAAGGGAAUUGACAUUUGAACAGACUCUCUGCCUUUGGGAAGUAAUGUGGGCAGAUCAAGCAGCAAUCAGGGCCGGCAUUGGGAAAUCAGCAUGGAGCAGAAUCAGGCAGCGUGCUCCACCAACAGAUGAUUUAUUGCUGUAUGCAAUAGCGGCUUCAGUGUUGCAGAGGAGGAAAUUGAUUAUUGAGAAGUAUAGCAGCAUGGAUGAGAUCAUCAAGGAAUGCAAUGGUAUGGCUGGACACCUUGAUAUUUGGAAGCUGCUGGACGAUGCGCACAAUUUGGUCGUCACUCUUCAUGAUAAAAUGAAACUAGAGACAUCAUUUCGAUGACUGCAAUUGAUUCAUGAGCAAGAACAAGAACAGGUAUUAGUUACAAAAGAUCUUCACUUUCAUGUGAGGCUGGCAGAUUUUUCUUCUGCAUAAAAAAUAAGCACUGCAAAUUUCUGGGUUUAGUACCAAGAGUAUGAGGUCUGCUGUUACUUGUUUAAAACUUGCCACUUCUUAUUUACGAUGUUGGUUAAUCUGGGGAUGAAAGUUUAGCUA